CCUGGUGUGUUUUCAAAGUGUUCCUUUAAUUUUUAAGCAGUGUAGAUCAUUUUAAACCACUGGGAAAUGAAGAAAACAGACACAAAAGAAAACCAAAAACCCAAACACCAAAGAUCAUAACCCUGCUAUGCAUUGGAACAUAACAAAAUGGCCCCUCAAAAGGAAAAAAGGGUGUCGCUUUGAAGACGUAAUGUCAUCAGUCUCUAUGGUGCUUUUUACCUUGUAUAUUUCACAUUACUGUCUAUUUCAUCUUAUCACUGCUUAUUUUCAUACGUUUCUAUGGGUCUCUAUUAGCUGCAAUAGUGGGUCACUAUUGCAGCUGAUAUACUUGAAUUUCCUCACUGAUGGACUACUGAAGCAUUUUUUUUAAUUUAAAAACAGGUUGACACGGGCAAUGUUACUGCUUUUCAUUAACUUGAUGUAUUUCUCCUCAAAGGCCUUUACAACUUACUAGACGAUUAAGUAGUGAACCUCAGCAAACGAUAGAAACAUCUGACAAUAGAUUUAACAUUGACACAAAGUUAUUUAAGAACUAAAUUACUGUCAGUCUGACUUCGUAACUCUAAUGUUUUAUUGGUGUUAAUAACGUCAUCAGAACCUGAAAAUUAAAACCUAGUUUGCGAUGUUUAAGUUUCUAAAUGUCCACGCGUAGCAAUAAAGAUUUGGUUUUAUACUGAACAUGCUUUAAGUGGUGGACACUGAGAGCUGCACCCGUUGUGCAGCCAAUCAGCAGCCUGAUUGGCUGCUGCCAUUCCUGGAGACUCUUUGAUCACCACCUGCGCCCAAUUACCAGUGGCAGUCGACUGUGCGCACCUUUCUGCUCUUUUCUGUUGUCGUUUUGCCUGUUUUUGUUAAAAAUCCACAACUCGGUCGUCUGGCAGACCAGAAAAACUUUCCAGGAUAGAGACAGAAAGAAUGAGAUGGUGUGGGGAUUGUUUAACCCUCUGCCGCGCUUCAUGGAGUCCAACAGCGAAACUUUCCAGCCCUGGAGGGAUUACAUGGGACUGUCGGACACGGUCAGAGAGAUCCUGCGUCGGAACAGCGCCGCCGAGUCUGUCCUGCCAGCGUGCCAAGCCCAUCGCUCCCAGUCUGACCAUUUCAGCAGGGCUUUAAUGUCGAUGCGCAUGAACGCAGAAGCCUGCGCGGAUGAUCUCGUUGCAGACGAAUUGCCUGGGUCCUUGGCUAUGCUUAACCCAGAGGAUAUGCUUCGGAUCGCAGCAGUAUCAGCCAGUGCCACUGCGCUGCAGAUACCGACGGAUUCCAGAUGUCGCCCCAAGGAACGCAGGAGGACCACAACUCGUUGCAAGACUCCAGCUCCAGAGCCGCCUGCGCGUUCUCCUCCUCCUCCUGCUCGCAUUUUCUGCAGCUUCUGCAAGCACAACGGCGAGUCCGAGCUUGUCUAUGCGUCCCACUGGCUGAAGAACCAGGCAGGAGAGGUUUUAUGUCCCUACCUGCGGCAGUACGUGUGUCCCCUGUGCGGCGCCACAGGGGCCAGUGCCCACACCAAGCGGUUCUGCCCCAAAGUGGACAGUUCCUAUAGCUCUGUGUACACCAAGACCAGACGCUGAUUUAACAGGUGGCCUCAAGACACUAAACGGAAAGCAGCUUCCCUUUUGUCUGUGUGUAUUUUGUUAUAAUAAUAAUAAUAAUAAUAAUUAGGCAUCAGUGUGGUUUAUUUGAGUGUUACUUGCUUUGUAUUUUCAUUUGCAUGCUUUUGUGUUUGCAUGUUUUCUGUUUGGAGUUACUUUUAACGCUUUUUAUUUACUAUUUAACGCUGUCUGUUUGCUGUUUGGAUUUUGUACAAUAAGGUAAAGAACGACUGCCAGAUAUUACGUUUGGGAGGAGAAAAACAAUGGUGUUUUUUGUUUUUUUUUGCAUGCUUUUAAAACAUGGCCAACCAAUGUCCAGGUUCAUGCCUCUUACCACAUACAAUGAAUGAAUAACACAAUCAACCCUUUGGGAGGACUUGCAGUUACACUGCAUCGCAUUUUCUACAGUAGGUUUACAUAAUGUGACCAUGUCAGCAUUUUAAGCUUUUAAUGAAGGACCUUCUCUUGUUCUGUGUACAAAAUUCCUGGGGCUUGUUUUAUUUGGAGGAUUUUCCAGUUGUACCACUCCAGCUCAUGUGGCCCUAAAGUUUGUAAAUAUUUUUCAAGUUAUAUAUUGGUUCAAGUUAUAAAUAAGUGGCUAAACUUGAA